GCGCGGUCCCGUUCCCGCGGGCCAGCUAGUCGACCGCGCAGGCCUCCAGCAGGCAGCUGGCAGCCCGCAGCGCUUCUGUCCUCCCUUGUCUGGGUUUCUCUCCGAGGGCCUAGGCCUAGCCAUCAUGGCUGCUGGCUGCUGUGGUGGUGCAAAGAAGCAGAAACUAACCAACAGCACCAGCAACCACCACCACAACAAUCACGCGCACCACCACCAUCACAACGGCCUCUGCGGUGGGUACGCUGUGAUCGGCCUCCCGUUGAAUGGGACUCUGUCUCGGUCGGGGAUGGUGGCCCAUCCCGAGAUGUGCUUCUUUUGUUUCGACGUCCUGCAUCACCAUCUUCACAGCCUGGACCCGCCGAAGGCCCCCACUUUCUGCAAUGACGCCUUCCCCUUGUUUGUAACAUGGAAGAUCGGAAAGGACCGCCGUCUGCGCGGCUGCAUGGGAACAUUUGAUGCCAUCAAUCUGCAUUCUGGACUCAAGGAAUAUGCGGUCACCAGUGCAUUCAAGGACAGUCGCUUCCCACCCGUGAGUCGAGACGAGUUUUCCAAGCUCCACGUGUCGGUGUCGAUCCUCCGUCACUUUGAGGAGGGGCUGGACUUCCUCGACUGGGAGGUCGGGAUACACGGGAUCCGCAUCGAGUUCCACAACGAGAAGGGCAACAAGCGCACUGCCACCUACCUCCCCGAAGUUGCUCCCGAACAAGGUUGGGACCGUAUCCAGACCAUAGACUCUCUGCUGCGCAAGGGCGGGUUCAAGGGCUCCGUUACGAACGAGGUGCGACGUUCGAUCCGCCUCACCCGCUACCAGAGUGAGAAGAUCACCAUCAGUUACCAGGAGUACAUGAUGUGCUGGCGGGCGCGACGCUACUGCUAGCACCGGCUUCCCCUCGCCUCGAGCGAGGGAUCCCUCCUACUUUGGGCCUCCUUUUCCCCCCUCCCAAUUUUUCUCCACGAGCACUUCAUGUAACACUUUGAGCGUCAUGCGACCACCUGUGGUUAGAAUGGAACCAAUGCGAAUCGAAUGUAAUGCCACCAGUGACGCUCAUAGUGUUCGAGCCCUUACUCUCCUCCUUUUUAGAAUGGCAGUUCAAGGCCUUUUUGAGUCUCAUUCCACUCAGUUGCAAUUUAUUGGACUUGUUUCCGGCUCUGGUGUAUUUUGUGAACUUGAUCAGAGACGAGGAAGGACCAAAUUCAGCCCCAUACAUUUUGUGUUCUGAAGCAGUCCUUGCUCAAUGUUCCAUUUCAGGUUUGAAGUGUUUGAAUUUGCAUGUUGUGAGUUGCAUUUUGAGUUCGGGGAGUAAUGGUGAUAGUUUUGGAAACUUGUGCAUCAGUUCACGUCUGCUUCUUUUUUUUUUUUUUCAAGGGACUUAAAAUCAAUAACCUGUAUGUUUUUAUAAUACCUAGUAGCUGCCAAAUAAGGUAGUCCACUCCAUCACACUGGCUCGUGAAACAUUCAUUUGGAGCUUUCAGUUUUGCUGUUUCUCUCUGGGGCUAAUGAUGUCCUCAGUUUGUUUCAAAUGCCUUGAACUCCUGUUCUAAGAUGCCCCUCUCCUUUGCCUUUGACCUCAUUCUCUGCUUUCCCUUGUGUUCCCUUCUACAUCAUCGUUCCCUCAUCAUUUUUUGUGUUACAAAGCAGGUCCACCUUUGUGUGUUGACAUCGAGGUCCAUCGUGUCGAAGGAAAACAAAAAAAGCCAACAAACCUGGCAACCGAGCCACGCCCUGUCAGUCUUUCAACCUCUGGCAUCUCAGGAAGCUCGAAAAGGAAAAAAGUGGCUGAAAAGAGAAAGAACGAACGAACGAAGGAGUUGCAAUUGUUUGCAGAAUAUCACAUCUGUCUCUUCAACUUCCAAAAAGAAGAAUAUGCUUUCGAAUCACGGUGAUAGUGAGUAGUUUCUGCCUCUUAUCAGGCGUAGAGGAUCCACCCUCAUUCAGAUUCAUAACUGGAAAUUCAUAUUCACGUCUUGCCAUCACUUCCAACUGCACACGUCUGAAGACCGAAGUCGAACUUGGAGCCUGGGUGAUGAUCAGAUUCCCCCGUUUGAACCACGGAUGCUGAGGGGACAGGAACGACACCGGCUUCCUGUGAUCUAACCUCGUGAAGACGGUGCCUCACUUGUCGGUGUCGAUAGGGGCCGCGGCCGUCCGUCGCACGGCCGUCUCCGCCUCUGUGGAGUCGUCGUGGGUGAGCGUCUGGGUAGCACGUCUGUGUGCGUGUCUGUGUCUGCGAGUGGCACGUUCAAAACACCUAGAUCUCUCAAGGCAUCAGCAGCAGUCAGCUUUGAUAAAAUCCGUAACUAUGACUGUGAAUUAAGCACCAGGCCAAUCGGUGCCCUAACAAUCUGGAGGAGAACAUCAAGAAUUAACUGUAUUCGGUAAAGGAUGCAUUCAGGAGAUCUUGAUUGCAAAUGUAUGUAUAUCUGUAUGCGAGCGUAUGUGAGAGGAAGGGAGAGUGCAUGUGGGUGAGUGGGUGAGAAUCGUGGUUGCUCAUUUAUUCGCACUCUUGUCACGUCUGUGGAUCGUAUGGCCUCGCGAAGAGGGAAUCCUGUAGCGAUUGCACCAUCUCAUUGCCAUCAGUUGUCAGAUGUAACAGGUACUGCCAUGAAGCACCAGUAGAGAACAGUCUGGAUACAGUAUCUUACCUUUGCCAUCUCUGAUGCAUUCAUUAUGUACUUUUUUUCUGUCUUCAUGUAUAAGAUUGUAACACCUAUCCAUGUUUAUUAUAGCCACUUGUCGGAGAUUGAAUGAGACAUAAGCUGAGCGUGCGAUUACCAAGCAAAUAUGUUACCUUUUAUUUGGAAAGUGUGUUGACUCGUCUGUAUAUCUAAUUGGAUUGUUGAUUGCCUCAUGCUACUAACACACAUCUGGAGGGAAGGCUCUUGAACCUUAAAUCAUUUUGUGAUUUCUUGAACCAAUUUGUUUUUUUCCCUUGAAAAUUCCGAAUUGCUGGACCAGAGAGAGAGCAGUCACCGCUCCAAACGUCUGGAACCCGUGUCGUAUAUCAUUCGUCGACGACACCAAAGAGGCUCAAGGUUCAAGGUCCUUCCCCCUCCAGAUGGCAGUUCUUUCAAGUCAAUUCUUGACUUUUUCGUGAAUUUUAAAUCGCCUUUUUUUUUUUUUCCUUGCUCCAGAAUAGGCCAGACUCUUGUACACAGCCACAAUCCGUUAGAUGCAGCUGCGGUUCAAUUGGUAUCUCGGUUCGCUCCUCACUAGAGCGGUCUUUCGAGAGAUGUCGGUCACCGAGUGAUUUGUAUAACCAGGCGCUUUCACGAUUUGAGUGUCUUUUUGUGGGUAGGCCAGAAUCCUUUUUCCUUUUUUUUUUUGUUGCUCAUAGACCACAUUUUUCGCUGAUGGAGCAUUCCACGACAAAGAAGCUCUCCCAAAAAUCCUCUCUGUAUGGGUGAAUCGGCAUUCUAGGCUUAUUUUUCUCUCUCGUAUUCCUCUCCUCAACAGAUCUCAGAGUGUCGAAGUGCUACUUACCGAAGUCGUUCUCUCAAGUAAUCCGGUAAACGUUCUUGUGGAACUGCAAAUAAAGCCUUGGAUUGGCCACAA